AUGCCCGCUACCGCAGGUUCGUACAUCCUCCCUUUGUGUCGAGCUUCAUUGCGCUCUCGCACCAGUCUGUUCCCCAGCAUAGGUGUAAGAACAAUUCCUGUGCAGCAACGAUCCUUACAUUCAUCUUCUGGCAACUUUCUCAAUUCCGCUCUGCCAUCUGUCGCCGCUUCCUUCCCUCAACGAUCUGCCUUCCACACCUCUGCAAAUCUUCGUCUUCCCCCCACUGCAGAGACUGCAAGCUACCGCUUCAACCAUGUCAUGAUCCGCGUCAAAGACCCCAAGGUCUCGCUCAAAUUCUACGAAGACGUCCUCGGAAUGGACCUUAUCGACCGUCACGAUGCCUCCGAUUUUUCCCUCUACUUCCUCGCCUACCAGCAUCAGAAGGACGUCAAAGAACGUGGCCAGAGGGAAGCCAUCUUGGAGCUGACUCACAACCACGGCACCGAGAACGACGAGAACUUCAGCUACCACAAUGGUAACAACGAGCCCAAAGGUUUCGGUCAUCUCUGUAUCGCAGUAGAUGACAUUGAAAAGGCUUGUGAGAGAUUCGAGAAGCUGGGCGUCAAGUUCCAGAAGAAGUUGACGGACGGUAAGAUGAAGAACAUUGCUUUCAUUCUUGACCCUGACAACUACUGGAUCGAGAUCAUCUCCACUUCCAGGCCUCAGUAA